AAAAGAAGGAGAAGGUUUGAUGAAUAUUGUGGUUUUUGAGCAGAGAGGAUCCACGCGUCAUUCAAUAGACAUCUUAUCCCCGUUUUUAUAUAUCUGGAUAGCUAUGCUGUUGCUAACCUAAGCAUUGCUUCCAGAAACUAAACCCAACAACGAUGGCUUCAUGCACCGCACCUCCCUCUCUCAUGCUCACACACGCUGACCUCUCUCCUUCUCUUCGCUCCUUCUCUCACAGGCCCAUUUCCAGAACCUUCUCCCUCUACCCUCUCGUCUUCAAGCCCACUCUAUGGGCCCAUCUCAGAGAGCCCAGACCCAGGUCUUCUCCCGCCCUCGUCGCCGCUUUGGCUGCCGAGCUCCAAGUCCCCGAAACCCUCGACCAAACCGAGGAUGGGCUUGCUGAGCCCGACGCAACCGCCACCGUCACCACCGUCAAGCCCAAGAAAGGCAAGGCUGCAUUGCCUCUCAAGAGGGAUAGGACGAGGUCUAAGAGGUUCUUGGAAAUUCAAAAAUUGAGAGAGCGUAAAAAGGAGUAUGACUUGAAGACAGCAAUAUCUUUGGUUAAAGAAACAGCUAAAACCAAGUUUGUAGAAACAGUAGAAGCCCAUUUCCGCCUCAACAUUGAUCCUAAAUAUAAUGAUCAACAACUAAGAGCAACAGUAAAUCUGCCUAAGGGAACUGGAAAGCCCGUUAAAGUGGCUGUUCUUACUCAAGGUGAAAAAUUCGACGAAGCAAAAAAUGCAGGAGCUGAUUUGGUGGGUGGAGAGGACCUGAUAGAACAAAUAAAAGGAGGAUUCAUGGAGUUUGAUAAACUAAUUGCUUCUCCAGAUAUGAUGCCUAAGGUUGCUAGCCUAGGAAAGAUUCUGGGGCCAAGAGGACUGAUGCCAAAUCCUAAAGCUGGCACUGUAACACCUAAUAUUCCUCAGGCUAUAGCAGAAUUCAAGCAGGGAAAAGUUGAAUACAGGGCGGACAAAACCGGAAUUGUGCACUUACCUUUUGGAAAAGCUGACUUUUCAGAAGACGAUCUUCUUAUAAACUUGCUUGCUGCAGUAAAAUCAGUGGAGGCAAACAAACCUUCUGGUGCUAAAGGUGUGUACUGGAAAAGUGCCCACAUAUGCUCAGCCAUGGGGCCAUCAAUCAGGUUAAAUAUCAGGGAGAUGCUUGAUUAUAGACUUCCAUCAAUAUAGAACCUUCACAUGUAAAUGCACGUUUGGAUUCAGUCAGCUAUCUGGGUUUAAUUGUGAGAUCUUGCCAAAUAUUUAUUCAAAGAUGUUACCAAAGUUUCAUACAGGGGAUGAACAAGGGAUAGGAUACUUUGGUGGUUUUAUCUCUGUUCCAAAUGUUUGCGCACUACAUUGCAUAUUCUUUGACCCCCCGGCUGAGGAUUUUCCUUGUACUACUUUGUAACUAACACCAGACAUCUAAUUAUAUUUUCUUUCGUGGGAAUAAAUUUUCAUAUUUACGUUUGAUUAUUA